AUGGCAGCUAAGCUCAUCGUUCUUCUGUGCGCCGUCGCCGCGGCUAGGGCGGGCGGGCUUUACGGUGCCUCGUAUGCCGCGCCAGUCGCCUCAUACGUGAGGAGCUACGCUGCUCCCGCCAUUUCGUACGCGCCGUCGUUGUCGUACGCCGCUCCGUCGUAUUCGUACGCAGCGCCGGUGGCAUACUCGGCGCCGGUCGUGAAGGCCGUCGCGCCCGCCGUGUCCUCGAUCUCCUCGUACAGCACGCAGACGUCGCACGGCACGCCGGUGUACGCUAAGGCUGUCGCGCCGGUCGCAACUUACGCCGCCGCCCCAGUCGCUACCUACACCGCCGCCGCUCCCGUCGCAACUUACGCGGCCGCCGCUCCUGUCGCUACCUACGCCGCCGCUCCCGUCGCUACUUACGCGGCCGCCGCCCCAGUCGCUACUUACGCCGCCGCUCCAGUCGCUACUUAUGCGCACGCCCCAGUUGCCACUUACGCUCAAGCCGCUCCUCUGCGGAUUGCAGUAGUACUUUGCCUGUUCGGUUUGGCACGCGCUGGAAACCUCUACGGUGGAUCCUCAAUCGGAUCUAGUAUCGCCUCUGGCUUGGGCCACGGAUCGGUCCUUGGAUACGGAACGAGCCUAGGCCACCGAUCAGGUCUUGGAUACGGAACAAGCCUGGGCUACGGAUCAAGCCUUGGAUAUGGAACAAGCCUAGGCCAUGGAUCAGGUCUUGGAUACGGAACAAGCCUAGGCUACGGAUCAGGUAUUGGAUACAGAACAAGCCUAGGCCACGGGGCAGGCCUUGGACUCGGAACAAGCCUUGGCUAUGGAGCAGGCCUUGGACAUGGAACGAGCCUAGGUCACGGAUCGGGUCUCGGGUACUCCGCUGGCCUUAGAUACGGUUCGAGCCUAGGGCACGGAUCGGGCCUGGGAUACACAUCUCUCAGCCAUGGAUCUGGCGUAGGUUACGCCGGGGCCUUGGGGCACGGCCUUGGAUACUCCAGCGGCUACGGAUACGGAUCUCAAGGCUAUGGUGGCUACGCGGCAGGCGCCUACUCUAGGCCAGCUAUCUCUACCGUGUCCCAUUACAGCAUUCACACCGCUCCAGUAGUGAGGACAUACGCAGCGCCCUCUGCAAGCUACGCGUCGGGGUACGGCGCUCACGGAGCAUACCCCCCAGCCAUUUCUGGCGGUUACGGGUACGGUGGAUACAGUAACGGAUAUGGCUCAUAUGGAAAUAAAUGG